GGAAGCCGGCCGGCAGUGACGUCACCGGCGUGUCGCGGAGAAGACGGGGGGGAAGAUGGCGGGCUCCAAGGUGAAGCAGGACAUGCCUCCCGCGGGAGGCUAUGCUUCGUUUGACUAUAAGAGAAACCUGCCGAAACGAGGAUUGUCAGGAUAUAGCAUGUUUGGCAUUGGGAUCGGCAUCAUGGUCUUUGGCUACUGGAGGCUUUUCAGCUGGAACCGAGAGAGGAGGCGUCUGCAGAUUGAGGAGAUGGAAGCCAGGAUAGCGCUGAUGCCUCUGCUGCAGGCGGAGCACGACCGAAGGUCCUUACGGAUGCUGAGGGAAAACCUAGAAGAGGAGGCGAUCAUCAUGAAGGACGUUCCUGGUUGGAAGGUUGGUGAGAAGGUCUUCCACACUGACCGCUGGGUCACCCCUCUGACAGAAGAGCUGUUCAACCUCCGACCUCGUGAGGACUUCUUGCACAAGCGCUUUGGCUUCCUGUGGUACGUGUGAGCGUACGUACGGCGUCCUGAGCUCCACAUCUUCCACCUCGUGGACCAGAGCUGUUUCUUGUAAAUGUUCUAUUAAAGGUUUUUUUUCUGUAUCUCA